CCUCCGUCCCGGCUGCGGCCCCUGCCAGUUACAUAACUCGUUGUGGGGUCCGCGCGGCCCCACUUCUUGGCUCCCUGCGAACCGAGGAUGCGCUGAGCCGCGCAACGCCGUCCGCUGCCGCUGGCUCCCGCCCGAAUUCCUUAUUCGCAGAAAGCAAGAUUGGGGUGUAGACCCUGCACCGAAGCUGGUCCUGCUUCUGUCCACGUGCUGUGCUUUCCAGUAAAACCCUGAUUUGCAAAAUGAUACCGGAACUCCUGGGUCCCUUUCUGGCUCAGUUCAAGUGUUGAAUUUCAUUCCUCAGAUAUUUGUGUGGAUGACAGAGGUGGUGCCGUCCAGCGCCCUCAGUGAGGUCAGCCUUCGUCUCCUCUGCCACGAUGACAUAGACACCGUGAAGCACCUGUGCGGCGACUGGUUCCCCAUCGAGUACCCAGACUCAUGGUAUCGUGACAUCACCUCCAACAAGAAGUUCUUUUCCCUUGCUGCAACCUACAGGGGUGCCAUCGUGGGGAUGAUUGUAGCUGAGAUAAAAAGUAGGACCAAGAUACACAAGGAGGACGGAGAUAUUCUAGCCUCCAGCUUCUCUGUUGACACACAGGUUGCGUACAUCCUAAGCCUGGGCGUCGUGAAGGAAUUCAGAAAGCACGGCAUAGGUUCCCUAUUACUUGAGAGUUUAAAGGAUCACAUAUCGACCACGGCCCAGGACCACUGCAAAGCCAUCUACCUGCACGUCCUCACCACCAACAACACGGCCAUAAACUUCUACGAAAACCGAGACUUCAAGCAGCAUCACUACCUCCCCUACUACUACUCCAUCCGUGGCGUCCUCAAGGACGGCUUCACCUACGUCCUCUACAUCAACGGCGGCCACCCGCCCUGGACCGUCCUGGACUACAUCCAGCACCUGGGCUCUGCACUAGCAAACCUGAGCCCCUGCUCCAUCCCGCAUAGGAUCUACCGCCAGGCCCACAGCCUGCUCUGCAGCUUCCUGCCAUGGUCAGGCAUCUCCACCAAGGGCGGCAUCGAGUACAGCCGGACCAUGUGACACCAGCCAGGCAGCCUCCACCGGGCCCCACCUCUCGGCGCCCUGUGGGAACUGCCGUUCUGGCCCUCUGACUUCUGCUGUCCCCUGUGAAAGAGCUAGAGGCCACCUGCCGGGCCCAUCGGCCUGCCCCAGCUGCAGGCCCGGUGCUACGCGGGCUCUGGGAGUGGAGCGGGCAGGGUGCACCUGGUUCUCCGACAGGCUCUUCCAGCCCUCCUUCCCGCCCUGGAAAUCUUCACUUCCCCGAGCCCUGGUCCCCCCACGUGUGUGCGCCGGCCCCGGGGGCCUGGUGUGGCUGAGCUCACUGUGGUCUGUUUCCUCCGCCGGCCCCGGAGCAAGGGCGCAGGAAGAGGCUUCCUUCCCUGUGCCUCUCAUGGCCUCUUCCCCUCCGCUGCCCGUUCCUUCCAGCUCCUUCCUCCAAAGCUGGAGUAAACUUCUGGAAGAGAGACACUCAAGUGCUCUGCACAGACUGGGCCCUAAAGGCACAGGAGCCUCAGGAUAAUGAGGGCGCGAAGUAAGGGGAACCCCAGACCCUCGUCCGGAACUGGCCCGCAGAAGCCUGGGGGGCGGGGAGCAGCCUCUGCCUCUGCCCCAGGGGCUGGUGCUUGGGGGGCACAGCUGGGGAGGCUUCCCCCGACGCAGGGCUCUGGGCCUUGACUCACAGGCUGUUCGGUAACAGAAUGGUGACCCCCGGUCCCCCCGCUGGGAGGCCGAGUCCUCUGAGGCCCCCUCCUGCGAGCAGACUCCAUUCUGCCCCAAGAACGCGGAACCGUGAAGCGCCAUUCAGCUGAGCUGCCAGGGGAGCCAGGCUGAGGACAGGCCAGGGCCCCCGGGGUCCUGUCCCCCAGCCCUGCGCCCGGCGGCUCCGAGGCCUGGCCAGACGCAGACAGGACUGAGCUGAACACAGCGUUGGUCAAGCGAGACCUGGCCUUCGGGGCUGGGGCCAGUCAUGUGCCUUGUCCCUCCACCUCUGGGGCAGCAACCGGAGAGGCUGUGUCCGUGCCAGAAAAUGUGUGUGUGGCCGUCCCGUGCUCCUGGCGUCCCCAGGCCCUGUCCCCCGGAGCAGCCUGCUGCCUGCCCUGCCCUCCGGAGCAGAUGAGGUGGCACGGCGUUGCACCCAGCGUCCCAGAGCCCGAGAGCAGAGGACAGGAACGCCCCGGGUAGGGGGCCCUUGACCAGGUGACCGCGUCCUCCCUGCUCAGAGCUCCCGGCCGCGGCUCCGUGGGAAAGGGCUUCUGAGGAUGAAGGCGCUCCUGGCAGGAAGGGCGCGGCCCCACUUCCAUGUGGCAGUGGCUUCAUGCUGAGCUCGGCUCAAGGGAGCCGGGUGUCAGUGACCUCUGUGAACAAUGAUCAUGUGAUUUUUAUUUCCACUCCUUCAUGUAAGGGAAGAGUCUUCCAGAAGGUUCAUAAUCGAGCUCAGAGGCUCUGCCCCGCCCCCGCCAUCACUGCAGUGUCCAGCCCUGUGGUGAACGGGUUGUAGUGUUUUGUCUCAUUACACACAGAAUAAAUAGACUUGAACUGGUCA